AACAGGCACUUGUUGCCUCCUAGAAGCGGCGGGCACUGUGCCCGUCCCUGUCGGUCUCCCGGGCACCCGGCCACCGCCCCACCCCCUCUUCCACGACAUGGAGCUAGAGCCGGCGGCUCAGAACCAGCCCCGGCCGCGGAGGCGAAGCCGCCGGGCCUCCGUACUCAACGGGGAUGGCGCCGCGGGUCCUUCUGCCGACACCCCACGGCCGGAGCUGGACGGGAGAUAUUCCCUUCGGAGAGGUAGCUCCUUCACAUUUUUAACACCUGGCCCCCACUGGGACUUCACUUUGAAAAGAAAACGAAGAGAGAAAGAUGAUGAUGUUGUGAGCCUUAGCAGCCUUGAUCUGAAGGAGCCAAGCAAUAAAAGAGUUCGACCUCUUGCUCGGGUCACAUCCUUGGCAAACUUAAUCUCUCCUGUAAGAAAUGGAGCAGUCAGACGUUUUGGUCAAACAAUACAGUCGUUUACCCUUCGUGGUGAUCACAGAUCCCCAGUCUCUGCCCAGAAGUCAUCUAGCAGAUCAACAGUCCCAACACCAGCCAAGAGAAGAAGCAGUGUGCUAUGGUCAGAGAUGUUAGACAUCAGCAUGAAGGAGUCUUUGACCACCAGAGAAAUCAAACGUCAGGAGGCAAUAUAUGAAAUGUCCCGGGGUGAACAGGAUUUAAUUGAGGAUCUCAAGCUUGCAAGAAAGGCCUACCAUGACCCCAUGUUAAAGUUGUCUAUCAUGUCAGAAGAAGAACUCACACACAUAUUUGGUGAUUUGGAUGCUUAUAUACCUCUGCAUGAAGAUUUGUUGGCAAGACUAGGAGAAGCCACCAAGCCUGAUGGAACAGUGGAACAGAUCGGGCACAUUCUUGUGAACUGGUUACCAGGCUUGAAUGCCUACAAAGGCUACUGCAGUAACCAGCUGGCAGCCAAAGCUCUUCUUGAUCAAAAGAAACAAGAUCCAAGAGUCCAAGACUUUCUCCAGCGAUGUCUUGAGUCUCCCUUCAGCAGAAAACUAGAUCUUUGGAGCUUCCUAGAUAUCCCUCGAAGUCGCCUAGUCAAAUACCCUUUACUGUUAAAAGAAAUUCUUAGACACACUCCAAAAGACCACCCUGAUGUUCAGCUUCUGGAGGAAGCAGUAGUGAUAAUACAAGGAGUUCUCUCCGAUAUCAACUUGAAGAAAGGUGAAUCUGAGUGCCAGUAUUACAUUGACAAGCUAGAGUAUCUGGAUGAGAAACAGAAGGACCCUAGAAUUGAAGCAAGUAAGGUGCUUCUGUGCCACGGGGAGUUGAAGAAUAAAAAUGGACAUAAACUUUACAUAUUCCUGUUUCAAGACAUCUUGGUUCUGACCCGGCCUGUUACACGAAAUGAGCGCCACUCCUACCAGGUUUACCGGCAGCCCAUCCCAGUCCAGGAGCUGGUGCUAGAAGACCUGCAGGAUGGGGAUGUACGCAUGGGAGGCUCCUUUCGAGGGGCUUUUGGCAACUCAGAUAAAGCUAAAAAUAUCUUUAGAGUCCGCUUCCAAGACCCCUCUCCAGGCCAGUCUCACACUCUGCAAGCCAAUGAUGUAUUCCAUAAGCAGCAGUGGUUCAAUUGUAUCCGAACGGCCAUUGCCCCUUUCCAGCAGGCCGUCAGUCCACCAGAGCUUCAGGGUUUGCCAGAGCUCCAUGAAGAGUGUGAAGAGAACAACCCUUCUGCUGGGAACCUCAGAGCCCAGAGAAGGGCGUCCACAGUUUCCAGCAUGAUGCAGGUAGAAGGUGAUGAAAACGCCUCAGAAUUUAGCUCCAGCUUGCAGGCGGCAGACACCAAGAGUGCAAAAGCACACCGGACACAGGCUGGCUUCCGAAGAGCCAGAGACAAAGCCCAGCUCUGCGGCAAACGGAAGGAGACUUUGGUGUAAAGGAAGCUCUGUGUAUUAACUGGUGGAGAGAUUGUUUAUUUAUAAAUGUGUACAGUUUUGUUUUCCUUGUAAUGGGAGCGUGGGCACAUCAUAGGGUUACUUUGUACCAGUUGUAACAUUUUCAUGGUUUGGGGUUCUUUUUAUGUCUUGUUUUUGUUUUUGUUUUAAUGGCAGCUAAAGAUAUGCAGAUUACUGUUAAAUUGCAGACUUUUUUAAAAAAGGAUAUUUUCUCAGAUUAUUUAGAUUGUGCAAGCCUGGUAUUUUUAAUCAAAUGAAAUAUUUAGGAACUGGGUUUCCUCCUAAUUCUGAAUUUAUCAUAACUUUCCAGUAACAACAAUUAUGAUAUUUACAGUGUCAGCCAAAACAGGAUUUUUCAAAGACUGGAAUUCUACCAGUUUCUUUAUUAAGGCUUGCUUGCAAAAUWUGAAAUUUUAACAUUGGCACCUAGAUUUUAUGUUUGAAGUAUCUCAAAAUUUAUGUUGAAACAGCUUCCUGGAAAACAAACCACAAAACUUAACAAGUUUUCCAUUUUAUCAACUGGAAUGCUAUAUAUUAGCUUGUUUUUCACUGCACAUUCCUCAUUUUUCAUUCAUUUAUCCUGCCAGUUAUUUAAUUUUUUUAUUGUAAAGUAGUUUUUAGCAUUUGCUUUUAUUUUUUUACUUUAAUGCCUUUUCAGAUUGGCAUGUCUUUAUUUUUCUUCCUGAUUAAAAAUGUGUGU